AUGCAGAAAUCAUGGUCUACAACUUUGAGAUUGCCGAACUCUAAGUUCCCUCCGAGACCUCUCCCUAGAUUACGGGAGUUGUAUAUUCAACGAUGCGCCGAUGAUCUAUAUGAAUGGCAGAGGCUUAAUCGCCCUUCCGAUAAUACUUUCGUAAUUCAUGAUGGCCCUCCUUAUGCUAAUGGUGAUCUCCAUGUUGGCCACGCCUUAAAUAAGAUCCUCAAGGAUAUGAUUCUAAGGGUCAAAAUACAACAAGGCCGAAGAGUGGAAUAUACUCCAGGAUGGGAUUGCCAUGGACUUCCUAUUGAGCUGAAAGCUCUCGAGAGAUCUCAGGGGUCGAAACUUGGGCCCGUUGAAGUUCGAAAGUCAGCUCGAAACCUAGCUUCCAAUACGGUUCUGAAGCAAAUGAAGAGCUUUAGAUCCUACGGGGUUAUGGGUGAUUGGGACCAAAGAUGGACUACGAUGGAUGCGACGUUCGAGAUCCGGCAACUCCGCCUAUUUCAGCAGAUGGUUAAGAAGGGCUUGAUUUAUCGCAGAUUCAAACCAGUCUACUGGUCACCUUCAUCAGGGACUGCCCUUGCCGAGGCAGAGUUGGAGUACCGCGACGAUCAUAUAUCACAUGCGGCUUGGGUUAGAUUCCCUAUAACGGAAGAUUGGAAGAAGCUUUCGGAAUUUGAAAGUGUGCGGGACAACGUUCCGGGACAGCUAUACGCCGUAAUAUGGACCACUACUCCAUGGACAUUACCAGCAAACAGGGCUAUCGCUGUAGAGGAUAAACUAGAAUAUUGUAUUGUUCGUUAUGGGAAUGAUGCUCUGCUGGUUGCUAAGAGUCGUCUUGAUACUCUUGCGUCUAAGAUUGGCGCUGAGGAUGUCGAAGUACUUGGGACCUUCGAAGGCGCGCAAUUAACGGCUUUAAAGUAUACCAAUCGGCUUCGUGGAAAGGAUGCUCCUCUUCAACCUCUUAUACACGCAGAUUUCGUAUCAGCAGACUCGGGGUCGGGACUCGUACAUCUUGCACCAGGCCACGGGUUCGAUGAUUACGAAGUCUGUCGGAAACUCGAUAUAGACGUGGUAGCUCCCAUUGACGACCAAGGAAGAUUUACUUCAGAUGCUUUCCCUGAUUCUCCUGAACUACUUCAGUCUGCCCCUUCUGUAAAUGAGGGCGGGGGCCGAAACGUUCUCGAUCUUCUUAAGCCUCACGGGGACGUUUUAUGGGUAGAAAGACACCAACAUAAGUAUCCAUAUGACUGGAGGACAAAGAAACCGGUAAUUAUUCGGGCUACCGAGCAAUGGUUUGCCGACGUUGGAUCUAUUAAGCAAGAAGCCCUUGCAGCUCUCAGUGACGUUCGAUUUAUCCCAGAGUCUGGUAGAAAGCGUCUUGAGAGCUUUGUCCAAGGCCGAAGUGAGUGGUGUAUAUCACGACAGCGAGCUUGGGGUGUUCCGAUCCCGUCUUUGUAUGACGAAGCGGGUUCGGCUGUGAUGAAUGGGGAAGUGGUCGAACACAUUAUAUCUGUUAUUCAUCAACGAGGAACUCAGGCUUGGUGGUCAGAUGCCCCUGACGAUGAAGUUUGGAUUCCGUCCUCUCUAAAGGGAAAGGGGGAAUACCGACGCGGGACCGAUACCAUGGAUGUAUGGUUUGAUAGCGGAAGUAGUUGGACGAUGAUGCCAGGUCGCGCAGAUGUUUAUCUCGAAGGUUCCGACCAGCAUCGCGGUUGGUUCCAAUCUAGUCUCCUUACACGAAUUGCCGCAGGAACCCAGGUAGACACCAGCUUUGAGAAAAGUGCUCCUUUUAAACAGUUAAUCACUCAUGGAUUUACGCUCGACCAAGCUGGAAAAAAGAUGUCCAAGUCGCUAGGGAAUAUCAUCGAACCUCAACAAGUUAUGGAUGGUACCCUCUUGCCGCCAAUCAAACGGAAAAAGGGAAACACGGCACCCCAAGGACAACCCGCUUACGACGCUAUGGGCCCCGAUGCUCUAAGAUUGUGGGUUGCAAGUAGUGAUUAUACGCAUGAUGUUGCUAUCGGAACUCCCGUGCUAAGUGCUAUUCAUACUGCGCUGAUCAAAUACCGUACCAUCGUAAAGAUGCUUCUUGGAUCCGUGCACAAAUCUGCUCGAACAGCACCUCUGACCGCGACAGAUCAUAUUGCCAUCCUACAACUACAAGACACGAUGCAAGAAGUGGGCAAUGCGUUUGACAACUACGAAUUUUAUAAGGGAUUCGCUGCCUUGAACAGGUGGAUAACAAACGAUCUCUCCGCCUUCUAUCUCGAAUCUCUAAAAGACCGGCUAUAUUGUGGUGAUGGCGGAGGUGUCAUUGAGCCUUUACUCACCGGGCUUCUGAGGAUGCUGACACCAGUGACACCACUGCUCGUUGAAGAAGCGUGGGAUCACCGCCCAGAUUGGAUGAAAGAAGACUCGUCUUUGACUCAUCCAUUUCACCAACUCUACAGCAAUCCCAUUAUUGAACCUAACCGCCUCACCCGCGACUUAACCACACUGCGGAAAGAUAUCCCGGUGCUUAUGUCGGUCCAUACCGCUGUCAAGUCAACCCUCGAAGCUGCCAGGAGCGACAAGGUCCUGGGUUCGUCUCUGCAGAGCAAUGUUUUUGUCGAGGUUCCCGAUAUCCAGAUACAGAGGGUGUUAGAAUCCUACGCAGACGAACUGGAAAGCAUGUUCGUUGUUUCGUCCGUCGCAAUUAAUACCAAGUCCCCACUAGAGACCGAGUGGACCUAUACUCGGGAGUUCGAAGUGGGUGGGAUUAAAGGGACGGUGGUGGUACUGCCCCCGAAACAUGCCAAAUGUCCCCGAUGCUGGCGAUAUGUUUCACCAAAGGAAGAUAGCCUGUGCGGGCGGUGUGAGGAUGCGGUGGCGAGUUAG